AAGAAGCUUCCUCCGCCAACCAGUUUUGUCAAGUCGCAUGAAAGAAGAGCUCGACCGAAUCCACCAAAACCGAACCAUCAUCGCGCAAAAAAAAAGGCAAGCAAAUCGCAAAAUCGUAAAUUUGCCCCGUCGAAAAAAAGCUGUACAAUCCUUUCGGUGUUCCGCCAAGCUUUCAACGCGCGCGUUUCCGACUGUCCGCGACUCCGGCCAUAUCCGUGGUUCCGAACCUUCAAAAUCGAGAAAAUUCCGUGUUUGAACCCGUCGUCGUCGCCGCCGUCGUGCCACCUCCGCUUCUCGUCCACAAACCCGCCGUGAUUCCGUCGUCGGUUCGCAGCUUGCAAGCGAAAAGUGGUCCCGCUGCACUGUCCGGGGGCGCCGCCGCGAGUCAAAUUUGAGAGUUGUUUUGUUUUGGUUUGAUUUUGCCGAAGAAGGAACCGUCUCCCGGGGGACAUUGUUUCAGAAGCAACAACAACAACAUCAGUGCUGCUGUGGGAGGUUCCGCGACGGGCCCUGUUGUGUGGACACAGCGUCUACGGUCUUGGGAAUAUUCGCGGAGGAGGAGCAGGAAGAUUUCGUUCCGGAAGUGCGCGUGUGGGACCAUCCCGCGAGUGUGUGUGUGUUUGUGCGUAUUUUUUUGUUUGUGUCCCCGCGACGACCCUUUCCCGCCCCGGGUGUGCAUUUGUACGUGUGUGAUCCGGAAGCAGCAGCAUCGGAACACGGCGUCCGGAAGUAGAUGAAGGAUCCAUCUACGUCGCGGCCCAAGAUACGUCCGGAAGCGUCAACCAGCGCCAGCCGCUUGCAGCAGCAGCCGCCACCGCACCGCAUUGCCCACCUUGACACGGCCGCAGCAGCGUCGUGUCCUCCUCUUCUUGCCACCGUCGUCGUCGCCACCACCGGGUCGAAAAGUUCCGCGAAACCCGCUCCAACGCCGCUGACGGUGAAGGUGGUGACGCCGCCGCCCAUUUCCUCCCCGCGUAGCACAAUCCGGAGACAACGCCGCCGAAGAAGAUGUCCCGAAAUAAAGACAAGUACGACAACAACAACCCCCGGCGGCAGCAGACGUUUCUCACGGCGGAGGACAUCGCGUCCGGCAAGAAGACCUGCUGGCACGGCGUCGAGAUAACCGGCAGCGUGCGCAACCUCAGCCCGACGCUGUGGAAGUUUGAGCACCUGACCGCGCUCUACCUGAACGACAACUGUCUGAUGCGGCUGCCGCACCAGAUCGGCCAGCUCGUCAACCUGCGCACGCUGGACCUGUCCAGCAACAAGCUGCGCAGCCUGCCGGCCGAGCUGGGCGAGCUGAUACAGCUGCGGGAGCUCCUGCUGAACAACAACCUGCUGCGGGUGCUGCCGUACGAGCUCGGCAAGCUGUUCCAUCUGCACGUGCUCGGGCUGCACGGGAACCCGCUCGGCAAGGACGUCAUGUCGAUCUACAACGAGCCGAACGGAACGAACAAGCUGCUCACGUACAUGCUCGAUAAUCUGUCAGUGUCCGUAGCGCCGCCACCGCAACGUCCCUGGAUCCCGCUGGCGAGGCCAAAUCGGUCCCGGGGUGCAUGUAUAUUCACCGUCAUGUGCUAUAACGUACUGUGCGAUAAGUACGCCACCAGACAGAUGUACGGCUACUGCCCGAGCUGGGCCCUGAGCUGGGAGUACCGGAAAAAGGCCAUCCUGGACGAGAUCCGGCACUACUCGGCGGACAUCAUCAGCCUGCAGGAGGUCGAGACGGAUCAGUUUUUCAACUUCUUCAAGCCCGAGCUGAAGAACGACGGGUACGAGGGCAUCUUCUCGCCCAAGUCGCGCGCCAAAACCAUGUCCGAGAGCGACCGGAAGUACGUCGACGGGUGCGCCAUCUUCUUCCGGUCGAGCAAGUUUUCGUUGAUCAAGGAGACGCUGGUGGAGUUCAACCAGCUGGCGAUGGCGAACGCCGAGGGCUCGGACAACAUGUUGAACCGGGUGAUGCCAAAGGACAACAUCGGGCUGGCGGCGCUGCUUAAGGUGAAGGAGAGUGCGUGGGAGGGUUUGACGGUGGAGCAGGCCGCGAUCUCACAGCCGAUUCUGGUGUGUACGGCGCACAUCCACUGGGAUCCGGAGUUUUGCGACGUCAAGCUGAUCCAGACGAUGAUGCUGAGCAAUGAGAUCAAGACGAUACUGGACGAGGCAAGCCACAGCUUCCGGCCCGGCCACAAGUACGACACGAACAACGUGCAGCUGGUGCUGUGCGGUGACUUCAACUCGCUGCCGGACUCGGGCGUGAUCGAGUUCCUGAGCGCCGGCCGUGUAUCAAUGGACCAUCAAGAUUUCAAGGAGCUGGGCUACAAAUCCUGCCUGCAGCGUAUAUCAAAUUGUGAUACACCAAAUGAAUUUACUCAUUCCUUUAAGCUAGCGUCUGCGUACAGUGAAGAUAUAAUGCCAUAUACAAAUUAUACAUUCGAUUUUAAAGGUAUUAUUGAUUAUAUAUUUUACUCGAAGCAAGGUAUGGUCCCGCUCGGUCUACUCGGGCCGAUCUCGGGUGAGUGGCUGCGGGAGAACAAGGUGGUCGGCUGCCCCCAUCCGCACAUACCGUCGGACCACUUUCCGCUGCUGGUGGAGCUCGAGCUGAUCCACAUGGCGAGUAACCAGAACGGCCUCAUCGGUCGGAGGUAGCAAUAAAACUGGCGCAAAACAGCCGCCGCCGUCGCCGCAGCGGCCCCAGCAUCCACCACAAAACAAUAAGAAUCAUCAUCACUCUAAAGCAGCAGCAGCAGCCGGAACAACACCACGUGGCAGACGUAGCACUAGUACCAGCAGCAGCAGUAGCAAAUUGAACAAAAAUCUAGCAGGCCCCGGGCCCUGCCCAAUCUAGUACCACCAAUUUGACCUUGACGACACCAAGAAGACUACGACCAUCACCAGCACCAGCAAACAGCGCAGAGCCUACUUCUCCCAAGUACCAACACAGCACACACCCACGUCAACACACAACGACGGAAAGGCAGAGCCGGAACCUCCCUCCACAAAAAAACAGCAGUUAGGGAGGGAAUGUUAGUAAGAUCAAGCGCGCGCGAGAGAGAGAGAGAGGUUUGAAUCUCAGCUAAAAGACCAAUCAAACGCAACCAUGCAAUAGUUUAAUCGAUGAAUGCGCGCGCACCGUGAAAUCGAGAUAGUGUCCAAAAAGUGAGCAAAAAAACCCAAUUUAGUUUUGUCCCCACCCUCUUCUAAGCGCCCUUCGGGAACCCUGCGGGUUUCACCCCGGAGGCGUCAGUUUUGUGAUAUUUAUUUUUUACUUAGGAUUUUACUUUAAAUUGUACAAACUCAACAAAACAAACAAAAAAAAAGCAAAAGAAAAUCACAAACUUUUUCGACCAAAAACAAAGCAACCAACACACAUUCAUCGAUUGUCGAUUAAUCUAGUACUACAACCGGAACCGGAAAGCUUUAGAAAACAAAACAAAAAAGGAAACUGUAAAAAAUGGCCCCUCACAAGCCUCUCUCUGCAUGUUUUUGUGUUCGUCAAAUCCCGCGUAGGCUACUUGGAUCCAACCACAAACUCACACACACACACACACACACACACACACACACACUUCGCAUGGCAAACUGGAAAAAAAAUCAGCACCAACCUUUUUAAUUACUCUGGAUUUAUAUUUCCUUUUUCGGUACUACAGUAGAUUCACCCACCCUUUUUUGUUUAUAUUUUUUUUCUCGGAAAACGUGUAGGCAAAGUAUUUUGAGCUCCUAGAAUGUAAGACUGUAAUUUGUAGCAACCGGAAGAAGAAGAGGCAGUAGGGCAAAGAGCGCGUUUAUCUGCGACGAAAGCGCACGAACAAAGUAAGAAACCAAAUAACAACAUUUAAUGAAAAAAAAA